CAGAAAGACAAAAGUUAUUCCUUUAAAUUUCUUGGCCAAAGAGGACAGGAAAUACCUUUCCUUAGUCCAGAUUCUCCUGCUGCGUGAGAGUCGAGUGCAGGGCUUUUAAGUCAAAAGAUUCAUGUUAGUGUGAGUCUUCACUAAGAGGAAAACAGGUUUUAUUUGUGAAUAUCUUAAAACUAUUGAAUUUUAUGGGAAGAUUCUUUAUCUUCUGAUCUUUCAUUAUAAUUUAUGUUUUGUAUGAGUGUGUUAGUGACUAAUACUGUGCUGAAUGUCCUCUUAGCUCCCUGACAGAGUUACUCUUCCGUUGCUCAGUUUUUCCUAACCCAAAAAAGACAUUAGUAUCUUUAAAGGAUGGAGGUGGGGGUUGAGACACUUGUGAAGCUUUGUUUAAUACCAAAAGCGUGCUCUGUACUUGAAAUAUAAGGUCAUAAAGAAUGUAAUUUGUACGUACUGUUAUCUGGUGUUAGGGUGACUGAUUUACAGCAGCUUUGGAGGAGAUGGUACAGAUUGUGUUGAUGAUUGGGGCUUGUAUCAGUUGUGCUUGAGAAAGCCAAACAACCUUGUGCGUGAGAACGUUCAUGGAAUGAAGGACUGGUGGUUAUUAUAUGUUGUUAAGACCUAAAAUGGUCAGAGGUAACAGAGAUCGAGGAGUUAAAACUGUUGUGCCUCAGCUAGUGGUUUGACCUUCCUCGUUAUAUUACUGCAUCUUUGGAAAACAACUGAGUUUCUUUUAUUUAGGAUGUUGUUUUUGCUGGCGUGUUGGAGCUGACUCCCGCUGAUUUCUUUUGUCAAAGGGCUGCUCAGAGGGCACCAGGAUCAGAUGAACUUCAGAACAGACUUCUAGAGCUGAAAGCAGCAGGCACAGGGUCACUGAGGCACAGGAAGACAGCAGCAUGGAUGACCAGUCCCCUCAGGCCUCUGGGCUUUGCCUUUGUCACGAAUCUACACCUACUGUUUGUGAUACUGUUCCCAGGGCCAAAAGGCUGUUGGAUUCUGCAGAGCAGGUUCAGGUCAUGCAGUCAGCUAAGAAAGCUUGUGUGUUGAGUCACCACUGUAGCAUUCCAGAUCCCUCAGAGAAACUGCUGCUCUCCUCCCCAGGUUCUGUGGGCUUUCAAGGGUCCCCUCAUUUUCUGGAUGAUGCUGGCCAUGAUGACCUUGUUGCCAGUCCUGCAUCACAAUACAACGAUGUAGUAAUUUCUCUAGAUACAACCAGAUGUUUUGAUGAUAGUGAGCCAGAUGACUCCUUGUUGGAACCGUCAGACGGUGAAGAAGGGAAUUCUCCUUUCAGUUACACUGAGGAAGAGAUCCAGGAAAUCUUGGCAGAUGAUUGCAUGGAGUCUGAGCGGUACCUAACUAGAAAGAGCACUCUGAGCCAAAAUGUAAAUGGAGAGACUGAAAAGGGCGAGAGCAGCAGCUGUACUGGGGCAUCAGUUAUCAGUGAAGAUGCAAAGGUAACCUCAGAGAUCGCAGAGGAACCAGAUGCACCUCUGCCCAGAGAGUGUUCUCCAGUCACUUCUGAGUGUCAUCCUAGACUUGUGAAUGAAAACACUACUUUGGAUGAGAACCAUCUGCAGUCGCUCCAAGUAACUCGCAUGCUGUCUGACCUUGACAUUCAGGAGCUUCUGAGUCUUAGCCCAUUUGAUGCUGACUGUGUAGAUCAGUCUCUGGAGGCCAAUUAUUGGGAGGAAGUUGAAAAAGAAUUUUCAGAAGCAAUCAUAAGCGAUUGCCUGGAGUAUGAUAAAGCUGCUACUAGCCGUGUUCUCGAAGAGUUGGAGGGGCUGGUGUCUAAUGGCCGGCAAAGCCUGGGUGUGGAUUGCCAGGGAGAGACUCCCUUUACGAGCAGGGAUGUGUCUAAGAGCAGGAAUGAGUCUAAUUUCUGUGGUGAUCGUGUGGAAAGAUGUGUGCCCUCUUCUGACCUUGCCUGUGGCCAGAGUACAGCUGAUGAGAGUUCAGCACCUGUGUUGCCAAGGUGUCCCACACCAUCUUCUGGGUCCAGAAACCAAGAACUUUCCAAAGCAGCAAAGAUCUGUUUUUCAAGGAAAUUGGACACUCCAGAGGAUGAUCAAGGGGAGUCUACAGAACCUGAACAGCCAUCAAACACCAUUAAAUUCAGUGAUACAGCUGUAGGCCAGAUUGGGCAGGAAGAGACAAUCGGUGGGAAGAAACCUGGUGAAGUUAUUCCUGUGCCACAGGAGGAGGAAGAAAGCAAUUACCCAAGGUCCAACAGGAAACCUACCCAAAGGUUCAGCUUUACACAUGGGUGAGCAAGAACUUGGCCAGACACCACUAUUUCCAGAGCAUUCCUGACCACUUCCACCAUAGCCCUGUCACAGCCUUUCCUAAUGUUUGAUUUUGCGGCUGAGAGACUGUGCUGGUUCUUCUGCAUUUAGAGUUGGUUUUAAUUGUUCUGGUUUUGAGUGGUUUGUAUUUUGAUAAGUUGUUUCAUGAUCUGUUUUUAAUAAGGCCAAUGGAAGUUUCUAUGUUUUAGAAACAUUUGGAACUGGUUUUGAAAUGCAAUUUAAAUGUGAUCUGGUUUGUGUAGGUAACUUCUAUGUUUUGCAUCAGUGUUACCCUCUGAAAACAACCUCCUUUCAAAGCAGGUAACAAAUGUAGUUGGUGUUCAAGAGGCAAGAUUGCAUGUUGGAUGUGAAGAUGUCAUAAUACUUCAGUGAUGGAAACUAGAAAACGUGCUUUGAAGUGGAAAAACCUUCUUUAAAGCCUGCUCCUAAGCCUUGGCAUUAAAUCUCCUAUGGUGAUUGCAAUCCCUUUGAGUAACACUGAGGUUUUAAACUGUGAGAACAGCUUGUGGCUCCUGUCCCCCUCCAUUUGACAGACUUGUGUUCGUUUACUAUAAACUCAGGAGCAGCUGUUGAUUUACCUGGUUUGGUUAUGUCUUGCCUUGUUGUUCUUCCUGUCCCUGAAAAAGUUUGCCUUUUUUGAUUGUUUUUACUUGUUUAAUUUGUAACUUUUCUUGUAAAAACAUUUAAUGAGAUUUAGGCUUCAGUUUAUAAACAUUUUGCACCUGUUAGAUGUCCUUUUCCUUUCUGCUGUGUUAUUGUGAGGCUGCCCUCUUUCACUUGCCUGCUUUCUGAACUGCCCAGAAGAGUGUGACCUCGUGUUUAUUUAAGCUACACAAUCCAACAGCAACUGCUGGCCUCUGUGCUGCUUCCAUCUCCUUCCCUAACAAAUUGAUUUGGAGGAUGUAUAGAACAGAGAGAUGGGUUGAUCUUCUGCAAAAUGCUCUUCCCAGGGGGGCUAGCAGGGCCUGCACAAGCCUUAGGAGCCCUUUAGGUGUUUGUAGGUGGAGUUCAGGGAGAAAAUUAUUUUUUCUUCACGGAGGAAAUUGUACUAUAUUUUUAUUAUUUUGAAUUUUUUUGGUGACACUUUUGGCUAAUGUGAUCUUGAAAUAAAACUUAGGUAACAGCACUCAUGUUUUUCAGUGUCGCCUUCAUAGAUUUUAUUAUUUUGCCCUUGUGCAGCACCUUUCAAAUCCAAAAUGGGAGUGGAGGAAGUGGCUUUAAAAAGCAAAGUUUGUCAUUGUCCUAGAUGUGCAGUGACUGAGGCACAGAGAAUCAAAGUAAUUUGUCCAAAGGAUAAGCAGCGGAGCUUGGAACAGAGCCUGGCAUUGCCUGACUGCACUAACUCCGAGAUAAUACCGCCUCCAUUAACAAAGUAAUCCAUAUACAGCAAUUUUGUGGGGCAGGGGAUGUCUUUU